UAGCCGCGAGAAACGACGAACUCUCUCUCUCUCUCUCUCUCUCUCCAUAUAUCUGUCUGUCUGUGUGUAACUGUCUGUAUGUUUGCUAAGGGAUCGAAGUCUAGAGAGAGAAACAACCCACUUCUAGUUUCAAAUGAAGACUCGGGGAAGCUGUGUCGCAAUCCGUACAUUCCAUCCCUCAUCCAACUCCAGAUGCUCUCACGCUUCUGCUUCGUUAGAUGAUGCAACUUGUGGGACGCCAACGCGGAUGGGAAAGGGCCUCACUUGCAUUUGUUUCAAGAGAAAGGGAACUUAUGAACGAAUUUGCAUCAAUUUGACACCCUUACAGGAAGAGAGAUUGAGAAGGUUGAAGCAUCGUAUGAAGGUUUAUUUCGAUGGUUCUAGAGUAGAACAUCAGGAAGCUUUGAGAGCUCUAUGGUCUGCGACAUACCCUGGUAAAGAGCUCCAUGGUUUGGUAUCCGAUCAAUGGAAAGAAAUGGGUUGGCAGGGUAGAGAUCCAUCAACUGAUUUCAGAGGAGCUGGAUUCAUUUCAUUGGAGAACCUAUUGUUUUUUGCUAAGACAUUUUCUACGUCCUUUCAGCAACUUUUAAAGAAGCAAGGAGGCGAGCGAGCUUUAUGGGAGUAUCCAUUUGCAGUUGCUGGUGUAAAUAUCACAUUCAUGAUCAUGCAAAUGCUUGACCUGGAUGCCACAAAACCGAGAACAUUUGUCAGGGGAGUUUUCUUGCAGAUUUUGUCAGAAAAUGAGUGGGCUUUUGACUUGCUCUAUUGUGUGGCUUUCGUCGUUAUGGACAAGCAGUGGCUGGAGAGAAAUGCCAACUACAUGGAGUUUAAUGAUGUUUUGAAAUCUACUCGUGCUCAGCUUGAGAAGGAGCUUCUAACAGAAGACGUCUUACGAAUUGAAGACAUGCCUUCAUACAAACUUCUCUGUUAAUGGUAGCCAACUUGAAACAGUGCAAUAUUCUGAGAUUGAAUGCACACGUGGUAUAUUUCGACGACCCUGAAGUUUUACAAUUUCUUCCCCUCUUUAAGGCAGUCAAUCCAUAAUCUCAAACGUAUGGAAGCUCUCGACUAAUUUAUUCUUUCCAACCCCUCUCCUCUGACUCCUUUCUCAGCAGUUGCCUCGAUUUGUAACUUCACGUAAAACGAAUGGUGUCUGGGAAAUUAUGAUUACAUUGAUGAGUUGUUUAUGUUUCAUCCUUUGUAGAAUAUGAGAAACUUGGAAGAGAAGAGAGAAGCUUGUGCUUCUCAUUACUUCAGUAUCUGAAAGCUUGAAUGUAAUUUGGAUUGGAGAAAUGAAAUUUAAUUGAUAUACAAGUUGCCAAGUUCGUGUAA